CUUGGGUUGAGCAACCGACGCCGCCCGAUCUCUCCCGCUCUGCGUCAUAGUUGCUUUGAGGGAAGAACGGACAACACGUCGCAGUAAUGCUUGGAAUCAUUGUGAUAUUUUAAGAUAGUGACUAAAGAAAAUGGCGGAUCAACAAUUCUGUCUGCGAUGGAACAACCAUCAAUCCACUUUGAUCUCCGUGUUCGACACCCUGUUAGAAAAUGGGACUCUGGUAGACUGCACACUUGCUGCGGAGGGGCAAUAUUUGAAAGCACACAAAGUGGUUUUAUGCGCCUGCAGCCCUUAUUUGGAGGCACUGCUGAGCCAGCAUUAUGAAAAGCAUCCAAUCGUCAUUUUGAAGGAUGUCAAGUUUUCGGAGCUCAAGUCCAUGAUGGAUUACAUGUAUCGAGGCGAAGUCAACAUUUCCCAGGAUCAACUAGGAACGUUUCUGAAGGCUGCUGAAUCUCUACAAAUCAAAGGGCUCUCGGAUAAUGGAGCUGAUGGAGAUGCACGAGAUGUCGGAUCGACGCCUAAAGCUCCUCCUCCUAGAAAACCAAAUGUACCUGCCCCUUCGAGCCGUUCUGAACCUGCCAGACCUGACAGCCCGCUGACGGACGGAAGUAUGUCGCCUUCUUCAAGAAAGAGGAGAAGAGUUAGAAGAAGCUCUCAGGAUGAAGACAGUCAUAUAGAAAACAACUGUGAUCUUCCAAGUCAAGCUCAAUCCACCCCAGUUCCUAACAUUCCCGCAGCGACUUCAUCCAUCACCACCACUCCCAUCGUUAAACCGGCCAUUGUUAAACCUGAACAGACUGAAAUUAAUAGGGUAGAUACAAAUUCGUUACCAGCAGAUGUGCUAAAGAAGGAAAUAGAGCCUAUUAGUGAGCCCCUGCUAGAACCUAAGACUGAGUACCUGGAAGAUGUGAAUAACGAAGAUAGUGUUGAGGACCUGACGCUGGAUGAUGAUGACGACAUGGAUGGCAUGGAUAUCUCCAAUAUGUCAAACAUGAGCAACAUGUCAAGGCCCGGACCAUCCCAUGGCAACGAUAUCUCAAAUCAAGGUUUUGCGGCUUGGAAUUUGGGUGCUAACCAGUCAGGUACAGAUGAAGUUUUCAUGGCGGCACAGGAAGCAGUUAACCAACACAGGGACUCACAAGAUGAUGUCAGUAGAAGCCAGUAUUCCCCACCCGACGCUGAGCUCUGGAAUCCCCUUUCGGCCAUUUUGAUCCCUGUUCCUCCCGAUCCUCAGUUUAUCAGUCAAGUUGAGGACCUUGGACUGGAUCUUUCUUCAUCAGACGAAUCAGACAUAUUUGAGGAAGACACUAAACUUCCUGGGAUUAAAGUUUUGAAACCUCAGCAAAAGAAAGCUGUUGCAGCAGACCAAACAGAGUCGUCUGUUGAUCAGGUUAAAACUGCAAAUGUUGACGAAUCUGAUUGUGUUAAGCCUGAUCCCGUCCCAGAAGAAAAGCCUUUUUCUGCAAAAACUGACAAAAUAUUUGAAUUUAAAACACUUCCCGUUCAUGAAGAUUGCGUUGGGCCUGAUCCGGUCCCAGAAGAGAAGCCUGUUUCUGCAAAAACCGACAAACUAGUUGAAUUUAAAACAACACCUGUUCAUGAAGAUUGCGUUGGGCCUGAUCCUGUCCCAGAAGAGAAGCCUGUUUCUGCAAAAACCGACAAACCAGUUGAAUUGAAAACACCUCCUGUUCAUGAAGAUUGCGUUGGGCCUGAUCCCUUCCCAGAAGAGAAGCCUGUUUCUGCAAAAACCGACAGACCAGAUGAAUUGAAAACACCUCCUGUUCAUGAAGAUUGCGUUGGGCCUGAUCCCUUCCCAGAAGAGAAGCCUGUUUCUGCAAAAACCGACAGACCAGAUGAAUUGAAAACACCUCCUGUUCAUGAAGAUUGCGUUAAGCCUGAUCCCGUCCCAGAAGAGAAGCCUGUUUCUGCAAAAACCGACAAACCAGUUGAAUUGAAAACACCUCCUGUUCAUGAAGAUUGCGUUGGGCCUGAUCCCUUCCCAGAAGAGAAGCCCGUUUCUGCAAAAACCGACAGACCAGAUGAAUUGAUAACACCUCUUGCUCAUGAAGAUUGCGUUAAGCCUGAUCCCGUCCCAGAAGAGAAGCCCGUUUCUGCAAAAACCGACAAACCAGUUGAAUUGAAAAGACCUUCUGUUCAUAAAGAUAUUUACGGUAAAUCCUCAGUGUUGCUUACUGCAAAUGUCAAAGAAAAAUAUGGGGCUGGCUCCAACAAAUCUCCCAAAAAAGAUUAUAGAACUGACACAGUUAAUGAUUCUGAUGGGUCUCACCAGUCUAAACCGACAUCUGACUUUGUUGAUGGCAAACCGUCCUUUAAUGACUGCACUUCAUCAGAAGAAUCUUUAAAAAAAAUAGAUUUUCAAUCAACUAAAACCACAUACAAACUAUCCAGUCCAUCUCUAAAAGAAUUGUGCUCUAAAAAAUUGGAAAUUGUUUUAGAUAGAUGUGAUGUGAACAUGCCAAAGCACCCAGGCCAAUUUAAAGCCUACGAUGACAAAGGUAGACCAAGUAAUUCAUUGAACAUGUUAUUAUUGACCAGUGAAAACACAUUCAUGGAUUCCAUGCCUAAUAUACCCGAAGUCGAGUCUUCGGAGAAUAGUAGUGGUGAGUUUGUAAAUAAUGAAGUUAUCAAACUAGGAAAGAUGUCUACUGUAAAAGCUUCCAAUUUUUCUGAGCAAGAAAAAACAAUUGAUGGUAACUCAGGUGAAGUUGUGGCAGAAGAAGAAGAUAUUGACUCUGCUAUAAAAAACAACAAUAAAUCCUGUAAGAGAAAACAAGAAGAAAAUAACCAAUCAGAUUCUUCUACUGUAAUUCAAGGAAAGAAUUAUCCUAUAGAUGGGAAUGAUAUCGAAACUCACAAUGCAAUUGAAGACACAUGUACUCAAUUAAAAGUUUUCAACAAGAAACCUGCCUCAAAUCUUCGACAAAAUUCUUCAUUCAAAGGAAGUUCAAAGUCGCAGAUUAAGGAAUCGCAGGAUUUUGAGGUUGAAAACAAGAAACUUGUUCAACCUGUUAUUUCCCCAUUGAGAAAACCCCUCAAAAACAGCCCAAAAAAGAUUGCAGAAAAGGAAAAGGAAAAUAAAAAUAUUGAAAUGGAUGAAAGCACUCAGGACUUUUUGAUAAGCUUAGGCAUUUUGAAACCAAAUCAGUCUGACAAUGAUUUUGAGAAAUCUACAAAUAAAAAGCGGGAUAAACUUAUAGUCAAGUUUGCUUCUUUUAAUACAAACAAAAACCAACGGGCAGACAUUGAAACACAAAAGAAAAGAGCUGCAAGUAGUUCCCCUGAGAAGCGAACUCCGAAAAAAUCCAAAACUGUUAAAACCUCACCAUUAUUUACAUCCACGCCGUACCCAACCAUUUCAAAAGCUACGGUAAAGCUAGAAACUGACAAAGCAUUAGAAGCUGGUGAUGCUUACAAAGAAAAAGAUAAUGGUGUUGCUGAUUCAAUGAGAAAAUCAAUCUCUGAUCAACAAAAAGCAAACAAAUGCACGACAGUGAAAAAAUCAAACAACGAUGAAAUGUUAAAAUUCUUGAAAAAAAUUAACAUAUCUGAGGAAACAUUUCCAGAACUAUGUAUCAAAAAAGAACCUACUAACGAGAUACAAAGAAUAAAAAAAGAACCGGUGGAGGAUGAUUCAGAUGGAGGAUAUGAUAACAAAUCUUUUGAUAGGUUUUCUUAUACCACUUCAGUUAGCGAAGACUUAAUCAAAGCAGGAACAUCAAAGAUGGCUCGGCAGCAAACUCGACCUCAGAAGAUGAAAGCCUCCAAAGUAAAGAGAACAGAGGUUGCUGAAAAUCCUCCCUCUCCUCCUAUAUUUGCCACAAUAUCUUGUCCAGACAUUAAUAGUGAGAAAAAAGACAUUUUCAAUGUCCCACUGGAAACAGAGGAUUUCGAAAAAGCAUGUCCAGUAAUACUCAAUGCAAAGCCAAAACCACAGAGUCCUUUCGCGAAUGUGGUGCCUGGUUCAAAACUCAAAUCUCGACACAACAAACCAACUAACUUCACUUGUCAAUACUGUUGCAAGGAAUUCAGUACAAGAAGAACUUUAAAAAGACACCUCGAACAUCGUUGUAAAAACAAAUUUUUGUUUCAAUAACCAUCUUUUUAAGCUGUCAAAUAAGCUGUAAUUUUAUAAACACAUUAUUUAAAUGAUACGCAACAUUUAAAUGACUUUUCAAUGUGUUGAAACAAUACAGUUAGCAAACACGUAUUUUUAUAAGAAAUCUGUUGUACAGUUUGUACAUUACCUUAUUGUAGACUUUACUAGGAACAUGUAUUUUAUGUCCUAAAUUUUGUUUGCAAAAUUAGCUACCCAUUUGAUUUGUGUUGCAUAUGAUAAAACUUUUUCCUAAUUCAGAGAAAAGCAAAAAUGUAUACCAAAAUGUGUUUUUGGAUAGUUAUCUUUCCCAGAAAAUAAGAGUUUUGUUAAUGUUAUUUUGCAAUAAUAAAUUUGUGUUAUCCUUUCA